AUGACUGCAUUGCUUAAUGACAUGAGUUUGGAAACCAAUUGUGAUUUGCCCAUCCCUUCGAAGGCCAAUGGGACCACCAUCUCUUCCCUGACCAUGAACAAGGACACCCUGAUAGGAGGGGUGACCAAUCCAAAUGAAGUCUUCUGCUCCGUUCCUGGACGAUUGUCCCUCCUCAGCUCCACCUCCAAGUACAAAGUGACAGUCGGUGAAGUUCAGAGGAGACUCUCACCCCCAGAAUGUCUCAACGCUUCUCUCCUUGGUGGUGUCCUUCGGCGGGCAAAAUCUAAAAAUGGUGGAAGAUGUUUAAGAGAAAGGUUGGAGAAGAUAGGGUUAAAUCUACCCGCUGGAAGGCGCAAAGCAGCAAACGUCACCUUAUUAACGUCCCUGGUGGAAGGGGAGGCUGUUCACCUCGCUCGAGACUUUGGCUAUGUGUGUGAAACAGAGUUCCCAGCCAAGGCAGCAGCGGAAUAUCUCUGUCGGCAGCAUUCAGAUCCCAGCGAGCUCCACGCCCGGAAAAACAUGCUUUUAGCAACCAAGCAAAUCUGCAAAGAGUUUGCUGAUAUGAUGGCUCAAGAUCGUUCCCCUCUGGGAAACAGCCGCCCGACACUCAUCUUGGAACCUGGCGUUCAAAGCUGCUUGACGCACUUCAGUUUAAUCACCCAUGGUUUUGGAGGGCCGGCGAUCUGCGCGGCGCUGACCGCGUUCCAGAACUACUUGGUGGAGUCCCUCAAGGGGCUUGACAAAAUGUUCAUGAACAGCACAGGCAACGGUCACUCAGUUGGUGACUCCAAAACCUCAGAAAAGGAUGUUAAGCAUCGGAAAUGACCCCUUCUG